AUGACUGGUUAUAGUACUGAAAUACUGGAAGUAUUUUCUCAUAUUCAGUCUUUCUUUUCUUUAGAGACUCUAGAUACCCGACUUCAGCCUCCUACAAAUGUUUUAAAGAAACAAUCAGUUAUCAAGAAAGCAAACCCAAGAUCUAAAUGGUCCACUUUAGAAUUCAGAUUUUACAUAUUGGUUUUUAUCAUAGUGAUUCCACUAAUGCUCAAAGCGGCGAUGGAUGCUUCUAAUGAAAAUAAUCCUAACUACCCCAGGUACGCACAUUUAUUGAGCCAAGGUUGGAUGUUUGGACGGAAAGUUGAUAAUUCAGAUCAACAGUAUAGGUUUUUCAGGGAUAAUUUUCCUAUGAUAUGUGGGUUGAUUAUGAUACAUGUUGCUGUCCGUAAAGCGGCCACUUCUGUAUUGCAAAUUAAUAAACGGACGUACUUUGAUUGUGGAUUUGGACUCUUAUUCUUAUUUGCUGCCCAUGGUACCAAUUGUUUACGGAUUUUAAUUCAUAUUUCAAUAGCUUAUGCAAUUUCAAGAUAUGUUCCUUCUAGAAAGGCUGCUGUUUGUCUUACAUGGCUAUACGGAAUACUGACGUUGUUUAUAAAUGAUAAUUUCCGUGCUAUUCCUUUUGGCAUCCACGCAAUUGAUCAUGGUUUCAAAGGAAUCAUUGCCAGAUGGGACGUUUUUUUCAAUUUCACCUUACUUAGAAUGUUAUCCUUCAACUUGGAUUAUUUGGAGAAGUUGAAAGAAAUUGAGAACAACGAUAAAGAGGCGUCAAAUUCGCUGAAACUUUCGGACCUUGAUGACAGACAGCGUCUUGAGGCCCCGUUACCUAUGUCUGACUAUAAUAUUGUCAAUUACAUUGCAUAUAUUACUUAUGCUCCAUUAUUCAUUGCCGGUCCAAUCAUUACAUUCAAUGAUUUCAUCUAUCAAUCUAAUUACCAACAAUUACCUUCGGUAAAAGACUAUAAGAGGACUUUUGUCUAUUUUGUAAGGUUCUUGUUCUGCUUGCUCGUGAUGGAGUUCUUGUUGCAUUUUACUUACGUUGUUGCUGUGUCUAAGACAAAAGCCUGGGACGGUGACACCCCCUUCCAGAUUUCGAUGUUAGGUAUGUUCAAUUUAAACAUUAUUUGGCUCAAAUUAUUAAUCCCAUGGAGAUUGUUCCGUUUCUGGAGUUUGCUAGACGGUAUUGAUCCCCCAGAAAAUAUGAUUCGGUGUAUGGACAACAACUAUUCAGCGUUGGCAUUUUGGAGAGCAUGGCACAGAUCCUUCAACAAGUGGGUUAUAAGAUAUAUCUAUGUUCCUUUAGGUGGAGGAGGUAAGUACCGUAUCUUAAACAGCUUGUGUGUGUUCAGUUUCGUUGCCAUCUGGCAUGACAUUGAAUUGAAAUUACUCAUGUGGGGCUGGCUAGUGGUCAUUUUCUUGUUACCAGAAAUCGGCUCUACAGUCUAUUUUAAAAGGUACGAAAAUGAAUGGUGGUACAGAUAUUUGUGUAGUGUUGGAGCUGUUUUGAAUAUCUGGAUGAUGAUGCUUGCAAACUUAUUCGGAUUCUGUUUGGGUAAAGACGGUACCAUUGCAUUAUUACUGGAAAUGUUUAAUACUGUAUCUGGAAUCGAGUUCUUUAUUUUAUCCCUGGCUGCUUUAUUUGUUGGUGUCCAAGUGAUGUAUGAAUUAAGAGAAUCAGAAAAGAGGAAAGGUAUCAAUGUUAGAUGUUAG